AUGUGCGUCGCGCAACGUGCGGGAGCAGAGUACGGAGAUGAAUUUGUGGGUGAGGAUGUGGACGACGAUCUGACCGAAUCAUUGCAGCAGCAGACUUUGGAAGCGUUGGACUUAGAUUUCAUUCUAGAACGAUUGCAAUCUUUGUGUUACACGGCUACCGCCGCAGAGAUGGCGGUGAACCCAGAAGCAUUGCUGGCAAAAACACCAGCUGAUGCAAGAGCAUUGUACGAUACAGUGCUGGAACUUACGCAAUUGGAAGAUGCAGACCUUGAGUUGGAAGCCAGAUUGGACAUUGUGGAGGAGGUGGAGCAGUGCACUCGUGGCGCGGUCCUGGAACCUCCUCAGCUACAAAAAGUGUCAGACUCCAUUGAGGCUUUGCUGCGAUUGCGGAAUGGCCUUGAGGCGGCAAAUGCACGCGGUGUUCAAAUUCCUGCCCUCAUCAGCUACUGCCAAAAUCUGGACUUGCCCGACACACUACUUGACAUCAUGCUUGAGGCCUUUGAAGAAGAUGGAGAGCUUUCACUAAAGAAGUUUCCAGAACUUGCACAACUUCGUGAGAAAGUGAGGACUUUGGAGGAUACCUGCUCGCGGACGAUGGCAGAGGUGCUAUCGAGCGGCAAGUAUGCUCGUUACCUGACUGAUGACGGGUACAUGCAAUUUGGAGGGCACUACGUGGUGUCAGUAAAGCCAAAGCACAAGAACAAAGUUGGCAGGAUGUUUGACGAGUCGAGGAGUGGCCGCACUGCCUACGUGGAGCCCUCCGAGGUCAUCGAAUACGCAGAUGGACUUGUUCAAUCUGAGAAGGAGCUGAAGGUGAUGGUUCGCCGCAUCUUGGGGAACAUGUCGCUGGCUAUUGGCAAUGCUGCGGAAGACAUAAAGAGAUGCUUGGAGGCUGCAGCUCGCAUUGACUUAGCUCGCGCUCGCUUGUUUCUUGGCGAGGACAUGGAGGGCGAGGUGCCGAGGGUGGAGGAUGAGGGUAUCAUUGAGGUCCGACAGGCUCGAAACCCAUGUCUUGUCCUUCGCGGUGGCAAGGUGGUUGGAUAUCGGCUGGAGUUGGGAGAGUCGAACUGCGGCCUGCUUCUCACUGGCCCCAAUGCUGGUGGGAAAACCGUGGUCCUCAAAACUAUUGGGCUGCUGGCGCUUUUGGCGCGGUGUGGCAUACCAAUACCUGGUGGAGAAGCGCCGAGAGUUGACUUCUUCGAGGUGGUUCUCGCGGAUGUGGGAGACAUGCAGACAAUUGUGGAUGACUUGUCCACAUACUCUGCACAUUUGGUUGCGUCGCGCAUCAUGCUGAACACCGCAAAAGGUGUGGGUCGGCGAGCACUUAUUCUAGUUGAUGAGGCUGCAACAGGAACCGAUCCGCAGCAAGGGGCAGCCCUUGCACGGGCAAUGCUAGAGGGCUUCCUCGAAAUGCAAGCCAGAGUGGUCACAACUACGCACAGCAACCAGCUGAAGGAUUGGGCGACUCAGGAUGACCGUACCUUGACAGCUGCGAUGGAGUACAAGGGUGGCCGUCCAACCUAUCGCCUUACAAGGAAUGCUGUGGGUGAGUCCCAUGCGAUUGAAACAGCUGCACGCUUGGGGCUGCCGCAUACCAUCGUGAAGAGGGCUGAGCAGUUGCUGAGCGAGGACCAGCGGCAACUUCUGGCACUUCAGCGUGAGGCGUCGGCAGCAGAGCAGGACUUCGUUGCUGCUCGCCUGGAAGCUGAACAGCGAGAGGCUGCGGCCAGCAAGGCAAUAGCAGAAGCAGAGCACAAGGUGUCUGCGCUGGCAAGUCGCGAGCAUGAGGUUGCCCUACAGGAGGCGGAUCUGCAAGAUCGUGCACAGGCCCAGCAAAGGCAGAUGCAGGCUGAUCUGAAGGCGCGCUUGGAAGUGCAGGAAAGACAAUUUGAGGAUGUGGUUCGGCGCUUGAAGAUGGAGGCGCAGCAUCUGGGCACAAGCCUGAAAAUUGUGGGCGAUGUCUUGGAGGACCUCCGCUUUGAAGUUGAUGAGGUGGAGGAAGCUCAGCCUGCAAGCCCAGCAAGGCCUGCUAUUCCUGGAGCGAUGACUGCCAGGGAGAGUCUUAGUGUGGGUGACUGGGUGGUGGUGAUGUCAGAUCCUCCCUGGAAAGGGCUGAAGGGCCAGGUGGAGAACAUCAAAUUGGCAACAAAAGGCGUGCCUCCUCGCAUCUCAGUCCGGCUUGGCGCGAAUGGCAAGGUGAGAGACUUCUACAAAACCGAGCUGGGCAGGACUCAGGCUCCUCCCCAAACGAUUCGGAGCAAGAUAAAGAAGCCGAAGGGCGAGGCAGCAGCUCCCACGCGUGACUACAGCAGCAUGUUCUUCUGA